AUGCCGUCCUCGGAUAUCAUCGAUCAUUCACCCCACCAUCCGGACCCGUCGCCACCGAUUCCGACGGCCUCCAACUUGAUUCUUAUCGACAAUUACGACUCUUUCACCUGGAAUGUUUACCAGUACCUCAUUCUUGAAGGCGCGAAUGUCACUGUUUACAGAAACGACAAGAUUACUCUGGCAGAGUUGAUUGAUAAGAAGCCGACACAGCUAAUCAUCAGCCCUGGACCUGGGCAUCCCGCUACCGAUUCUGGAGUCAGCCGAGAUGCCAUCAAGCACUUUGCCGGCAAGAUUCCCAUUUUCGGAGUAUGUAUGGGCCAGCAGUGCAUUUUUGAUGUCUACGGAGGCGAGGUCGGGUCUGCGGGUGAAUGGCUUCAUGGCAAGACGUCUCCUUUGACGCAUGAUGCCAAGGGUGUCUACGCUGGUCUGCGUCAAGGUCUUCCGGUCACUCGAUACCACUCGCUCGCUGGCACUCGUGUCACCCUACCCAGUUGUCUAGAGGUCACUUCUUGGGUUGCAACAGAGGACGGCUCACCCGGUAUUAUUCAAGGUGUGCGACACAAGGAGUACACCAUCGAAGGCGUGCAGUUCCACCCGGAGAGUAUCCUCACCGCAGAGGGUCGCACCAUGCUCCGCAACUUUCUGCAGCUUCAAGGUGGUACGUGGGAGGAGAACGCCCGACUGAAGAAAGAUGCCACAACUGGCAACGAUGCCAAGACGGCCGCUUCAGCGCCGGCCACGGGCAAGAAGAACAACAUCUUGCAACAGAUUUACGCCCACAGGAAAGCCUCCGUCGCCGCCCAGAAGUUGAUUCCCUCACAAAGACCUGCGGACCUUCAGGCUGCCUACGACCUUAACGCCGCCCCGCCCUUGGUUCCGUUUGUUGACCGACUGCGCCAAACUCCGUUCGACGUAUCCCUGAUGGCAGAAAUCAAGCGAGCCUCGCCUUCGAAGGGCAUUUUUGACAUCAACAUCAACGCUCCAACACAGGCCCGCAAAUACGCUCUCGCGGGCGCUAGUGUCAUCUCUGUUCUGACUGAACCCGAGUGGUUCAAGGGCAGCAUUGAGGAUCUUCGAGCCGUGAGACAAGUGCUGAAUGGCAUGCCCAACAGGCCAGCAAUCCUUCGCAAGGAAUUCAUUUAUGAGGAGUACCAGAUCCUCGAAGCUAGACUAGCUGGCGCCGACACUGUUCUGCUAAUCGUUAAGAUGUUGGAGACAGACCUGCUCGAGAGACUGUACAAGUACUCUCUUUCUUUGGGGAUGGAGCCUCUGGUUGAGGUCCAGACCGCUGAGGAGAUGACGACGGCAUUGAAGCUUGGUGCCAAGGCUAUCGGCGUCAACAACCGCAACUUGGAGAGCUUUGAGGUUGACAUGAACACAACAAGCAGACUGAGAAGCAUGGUUCCAGAGAACACCAUCAUCUGCGCUCUCAGCGGCAUCAACAGUCAUAAGGAUGUUGUCUUGUGUAAGAAUGAUGGGGUUGAUGCUGUCCUGGUUGGGGAAGCCAUCGUUAGAGCACCGGAUACAACAGCGUUCAUCAGAGAGCUGUGCUCAGGGACCGCUGCUGGACCGGAGCCAGUCAAGACUCAACCAUUGUUAGUCAAGAUUUGUGGCACACGGACCCCCGAAGCAGCACUUGAGGCUGUCAAGGCCGGUGCUGACUUUGUCGGAAUUUGCCUGGUUCCGGGGGCAAAACGGUGCAUAUCCGAUGAGACAGCGGCAGCGAUCUCGGAGGCCGUACACUCCUUCACGCCCUCGGCCACACGCACACUGACAAACAUACCCACAAAGUCCGCCACGGAUUACUACACCGCUUCGGUUGCUAGAUUGUCAAGUUCCCGCCCGCUUCUCGCCGGGAUCUUCCAGAACCAGCCUCUGGAUGAAGUUCUCGAGAAGCAGAAGCGCUUCAACUUGGAUAUUGUCCAGCUCCACGGCAAUGAGCCUAUCGAGUGGGCAAACCUGAUCCCUGUCCCCGUAAUCCGAGCCUUUAAACCCAGCAACGUUGGCAUCGGUCUUCGCGGCUACCACACAAUCCCUCUACUCGACUCCGGUGCCGGCUCUGGCAAGCUUCUUGACGUCUCUAGCGUUAAGGAUAUCCUGGCAAAGGACACAGAACUGCAAGUUAUCCUCGCCGGUGGCUUGAACCCCGACAAUGUGCUUGAUGCCGUCAAGGCUGUGGGCGACUUCGGCAGCCGCAUUGUGGGCGUCGACGUAAGCAGCGGAGUGGAGGAGGAUGGGAAGCAAAGCUUGGAGAAGAUCAGGACAUUUGUCAAAAACGCGAAGAGCUUUAGAUAA